ACAGCCAUUGUCGUCAACGAAAACAGCUAUAAAAACUCCACCUCAAACACCCCUUUUUGUAGCUGUAUCAAAACCCCACAACUUUUUCACCAUCUUUCCUCCAUUAAAACCACCGUCCGCCUCCGCAGUCCUUAUUUGAAUCAAAAGCCCAACUCUUUUUUCCGUUUUCCAUAUUUAUAAAUAAUAAUCCCCCACGAUUUCCAUCCCCAAUCAAAAAUGGACUCUAUUUCCGCCAUAUUCAUGUGGCUAGCUCCAUACAUUCUAUCCAUGGCUGCAUUUCUGAUUUUCUUAGAGCAAAUCAAUUACUUGAAGAAGAAAAGAUCUGUACCUGGUCCGAGUUUAGUGUUGCCGUUCAUCGGAAACGCAAUUUCACUCGUCCGGAAUCCCACCGAGUUCUGGGACCUUCAAUCCGCCAUGGCUAAAUCCUCCGACAUGGGGUUUUCCGUCAACUAUAUAAUCGGAAGAUUCAUCGUCUUCAUCCGUUCCACCGACCUUUCUCACAAAGUCUUCGCUAACGUCAGACCCGACGCCUUCCACCUCGUCGGCCACCCAUUUGGUAAAAAGCUUUUCGGCGAGCAUAACCUUAUUUACAUGAUGGGUCAAGAACACAAGGAUUUACGACGCCGUAUUGCCCCCAACUUCACCCCUAAAGCUCUUUCAACUUACACACAGCUUCAACAAUACACCAUCCUCAAACACCUUAAAUCAUGGAUGGAGUCGCCGGAAUCCAACACUAAACCCUUUCCUCUCCGGUUGCUCUGCCGCGACAUGAAUUUAGAAACCAGUCAGAAUGUUUUCGUUGGCCCGUAUUUGAGCGGAGAUUCAAGGAAGAGAUUCGAAGUGGAUUACAAUUUCUUCAAUGUCGGAUUGAUGAAACUACCGAUUGAUUUACCGGGAACUGCUUUCAGAAACGCUAGAUUAGCAGUGUCGAGACUCAUCGAAACCCUCGGCGUUUGCGCGGAGGAUAGUAAAGCAAAGAUGAAAACCGGCGAGGAUCCUACUUGUUUAGUCGACUUCUGGAUGCAAGACACACUCCGUGAAAUCGCCGCCGCGGAAGAAGCUGGAGAAAAACACCCACCACCGCACAGCAACAGCACCGAGAUCGGCGGCCACCUCUUUGACUUCCUAUUCGCGUCACAAGACGCCUCCACCUCCUCCCUCCUAUGGGCGGUGACGUUACUCGACUCCCACCCGGACGUAUUGGAGAGGGUAAGAACAGAAGUCUCCAGUAUAUGGACUCCGGAAUCCGAUACACUGAUCACGGCGGAGCAGCUGAGGGAAAUGCGGUACACGGAGGCGGUAGCGAGGGAGGUGGUCAGGUACAGAGCACCGGCGACAUUGGUUCCACAUAUCGCCGGCGAAGACUUCCCGCUAACGGACACUUACACGAUUCCCAAAGGUACAAUCGUUUUCCCAUCCGUGUAUGAAUCUUCAUUCCAAGGGUUCAUUGACGCAGACCGGUUCGACCCGGACCGGUUCAUGGAAGAAAGACAAGAGGACCGGGUUUACAAGAAAAACUACCUGGCAUUUGGAGCUGGGGCCCACCAAUGUGUCGGACAGAGGUAUGCAAUUAAUCAUCUGGUUCUGUUUAUUGCGAUGUUCACAUCGUUGUUUGACUUCAAGAGAGAUCGAACGGACGGCUGCGAUGAGAUCACGUAUGUCCCUACCAUCUGUCCACGUGACGAUUGCAAAGUUGUAUUAUCACUUAGAUGUAGACGAUUUCCAAACCUCUCGUGAGUAUAAAAAUUAAAACAUGUUGUUUGUGUUGGAGUUGGAUUUACACAAUUGUUGGGUUGUGAUUAGGUGGUCAACGAUGGAUGUCUCUCAUUUCAUUUGUUACAAUUUGUAAUAAUUUUAUUUUGAAUUUUGAUUUCUUCAAUGGUAAAUGGGUGGAUUGAUUAAAUAAUACACAAAAAUUGUUUCAA